AUGCUACUUUUCGCUGUACUCGCGUUGUGGAUUAACCAUGCAGCCUCAGAGGAAAUUCGUGCUGGUAAGUUGUUUAGAUCAUGCAUUUGUCUGCUAUUAUUAUUUUCACCUUUGUACUUCUGUAGACGAGUCCCUUUUUAAUGGUUAUCCGGCCCUCAGGGAAGGGCGACUUAAGGGAUUUAUUGAUAGCUGUGUGCUAUGAAUCUCGAGUAUACCGUUCGCUGAGUCAAGGGUGGCCAUUUGAUAAAGAGUCGAUUUUCUAAGCUUAAGGUGGCUUGCUAUAGUUUUCGGAUGAAAACUAUAGCCUUUUCCAAAUUGGAACAUUUUUAGCAAUCAAAGGUAACUACUGAACUUUUAAUCAAUACAAUUGAUGUAAAUUCAGUAUCGUUUUACCUUCUAAAAACAUUUUAUUGCGUAGUAGAACGCGAAAUGUAAUGACUGAGCACCCAAAAAGAGGUCUGGAAACUAGUCCUUUAAAGGCCUUACGACCCCAUCUGAAAAUUUCAGAAUUUAUUAAAUACUUAGAAAUUGCUGUUUUUAAAGAGAAAUACUAUGGACAGAAUUUUUUUGCAAAAGCCAAAAAUGUGGAAUGUUGACUCUUUUUAUAAUAACUAAAAACUGUCUAUAGGAUUUGUUUGAAAAAUGUUUCCGGUUUCGUUUUCAUGUUUUCUAAUUAUCCUCAAAAUUUGAACCCAGGUGGUACGGCUAGCUUUUGAGAAAUUUAGCGUGGAGAUUCGUAGAAUUGUCUUUUUACGAUCUCCACGGACGAAACUAUUGCGCAUGCGUCACUUUUCGGGGAAAACCCCGGAGAUGGCGCGUGCACUCCGGGAUUGCCUUUGAUCUGUAGCUGAGGCUGCCAUUUUUCAAGCUAAAGUGUGUUUUGGACUAUCCGAUCGUUGCACGGUCUGUCACAGCGUGGUUACCACAACCGAACAUUCACCACUGAAAAGGGAGUAAGGUGACAUUUAAUAGGAUUUUUUAAACCUCACUUCAUUCUGGAUUUGUGGAUGAUAAUACUGUUUCUUUUGUAAAAACAGGACCGGAACAAGAAAGAAAAUUUAUUUGUUGACAAAAUAGUUACAUAUAGUUUAGUUUUAGUAUUUUGCAAACUGCAUCGAGGCAAAUCGCCUUCAUAUCAGAGAAAAACUUCUCGACAAUUUUUUGUGGACAAAGUCAUUGCUCGUUCUCGCCAGUCAGAAGUCUCGUCAUGGGAGUCAUAAAGGUACUGAUGAACGUCUGUUUUCGUGUCGACAAAAUUAAUCGUUUUGUUUGUCACAUUACGUACGCUGAUAUUGGGGAAAAACUGCAUUUAGCCGCCUUAAUUUACUCUUCUGUCUGACAUUAGUUUACUUGACGUAAAUAAAAGCAGAAGAAGUUACAAGGGGCUUCAAUUUAAAUUAAUAACGUGUUCAGAGUUGUCAUGCGAAAAGAUAGGCCUAAGAGCUAAUAACCUUUGGCAGCCAAUGAAGGGCUUUAGAGAUAAAAACCUGUCGGUCAUAACUUUUCUAUUUUAUUCGAAAGAUGCAAAAGCCUUUACUCAAAACUGGUUGUGUUAUAUGUGUGUGUUUCUAACAGGCGAGCAUAUGGAACUUUACACGAAAAACUUCAACGAGCUACCAGGAGCAGAGAUAGAGCUCAGAGGUAACAUUGUAUUACUAAAGUUCAUCAUAGCCUUGUCUGUUAGCUACUAAACCACCAAAAAUCUUGACGGAAAGAAAAACAGUUUAUUUGUGUUUUCAAAAACAUCGAGGAUUAUCAAACCGGUUAUGUUUGGUGAUGUUAGCAGUAAAUAGUAAAAAAAAUAGUCGUAAAAUAGCAUUCAGUUAAGUUCGCAUAAGUUCGCUGACUUAGACUUUAAUGUGUAUCAUCCUAUUUUGUGGAAGCUCUUUUUUUCCAUACCAAAAAUUGUCUUAAUCUACCUUAACAUGGAACUGAACUACUGUCACCACUACCACAAGUUCUUAUUAUCUUUCGGAGCAUUUUUGACAAGCAAAAACCUAUGUAGCGAGAAUGUAUUCGUAUUUGUGAGCCAGUGAGGUGAUACAUGUAUAUAUGUCGUGGUUUUAUUUUAUCCUUGAUUCAAUUUAUAUUUUCCUUUCUUUUUGGAUAUGAUAAUGUAUGUUAAUGAGCUUGAAACAAAGGAAAAUAAGAAUUAAACCAAGGAUAAAAUAGAACUGCAACAUAUACAAGGAAAAUUAUUACUUUUUCCUCCCUUGAUAAAGGUGCCUUCAAAUUCUGCAAACCAAUCUACUGUCCUACCUGCAUCCGAGUUAUGUAUUUGAAGUUUGGUGAAUCUAGCACGUGCUUAGCUAAAAAAAUUCCUGUGAAAUUAUGGAACUGCUGGAGGUAUAAAUUCAGCGCCAAAAUGAAAGUGCCUAUGAAAGAUGGGAUUUACAAAAUCACCGUAAGUAUAAAUGCAACUAAAAUAUUCGAGAAAUAUAAAACAAAACAUUUUAGUUUUGUUGGUUAGAAUUGCCCAGCUAACAAAUUUGCACUACUAGCCGCUAACCGAUACUACAUCUUUUAUAGAUCUAUUUGAUGGACUAAUGUGUAGUCUAUAUAUACUUAUCAUUAGCAAACUUAUCCCGGCUACAAGAAAAAAAGGCGGUAGUCAGCUUUUUCACGGAAUGAGUUAAUUUCGCAUUUGAGUUGAUGUUUAAUGUUGUUGAAUUCCCUCCUCAAAAUACUGGCCGUUCCUAUCAUCGUCAUCAUCAUUAUUAUUAUCAGUAUCGAUAUUAUCAUUAUUUCAUUUUUUUUUUUUAACUUUUACAUUUUGUGUGUGCGUAUGUUAUAGGCAUACAGCUUGCUUGAAUAUAAGUGCGGCACUAUACCUGACAACGCAAAAGGAGUCGUCCUUGGGUCAAUACAAGUUGGAAGUAAGUGACAAGAAAUUCUAUACAAAUGUAUUAGUUUUGUCUUGUCAUCUGGAUAAAUUGAGCAGUCCUCUGCAUGCUUUCCCGAAUCCUUUACUCCAUUUUCUGGGUUUCUGAUUAUGAGUCAGCGUGGUCUAAUUAUUCUGUCACUCGAUUUAAACUUUCAAGUUCCCUCAACCUCGUCCCCAGGGCUUUUGCAGGGAUUUUCUAGCCUUUUUUAGCUUUUGCAGAUUUUUUUGAGUGGUGCUGAAUUUUGUUGAUAUUCGGUUGUUGUACUUGUAAAACUCUUGCCUAGAUUCCUAAAGCGCUUUUACUCUUUAGAUCUGUUUAACUGAGUAUACUGCAUUUCCAACAUUUCAGAUCCAUUAUACUGGAUUGAAGGACGAAACACUUUCACCGCCCCACAAGGAGGUACAAUCUCAGUUAAGGGUAAGUCCACAAAUCUGCGCCAUGAAAAUAUUGAACCCAUAACAUAUAUGUGCCGCGUUGCAAAAUCGCUCAGAUUUUUAACUUCGAUUGAAAUAUUCACUUGCUUUCAGGUAAGCAAAGUCAAUUACUUCAAACGACUUUAUAGGAUUUCAACAAUUCUGGAGUUUCUUAUGGGAAGCUCACGAAAAAAAAGAUCGUGACGGUUUUAAAUCAAGAUAUUUUUUUAUACUAUAUUUCUUUGGUAAGAAUCAUAUAAAAUUACCUGUUAGUAUUCUUGAGAUCAAUGCAAGCAAAUCAAAAUAUAUAUAUAAAUUAUUCUUCACAUUCAACUCCUAUUCUUCAGGGAAAAAAACAGAAAGAAAGAAAAGAGAAAUGUAUACAUUAAUAUAAGUAAAAUAUUCUCUAAUUUAUUUUUUUUUACGUUUACUUUACUUUUUAACCAGGCUGCUACAAGUAUUGUAAACAGAACAUCUACUGUCCCAGGUGUAUUCGUCAAGUGUACUUCCACGCAAAGGGUGGAGCGAGUGUGUGCGCCGCGCACAUUAACGCGGGCUACGAUCUUCUUUGUAAGCCAAUCUGCGUGAAAAAAGACAUCAAAGUAUCAAAAAUGCCAGGAAAAUACAGCAUCAGGGUGAGCUUAAGUAGAGUCGAACCUCUCGUAAGCGAUAGAUCAAAAUUGCUAAAAACCUGUAAGUGGUCGCUUCCGAAGGUCAGACCGGGCUUCAGCUUCUCCAACACCGUCAAAGAAUCAGAGCGUGGUCGCUUAUGCCAUUAUUCGCAAACUGUACUAACGCUUUCUUAAGAGAGUUUAUCUCCUUUGAGAGAAUUCUAACUAUAGCACUUUGACUGGAAACAUGCAGUUUUUUGGAUAGAUUGUCGCGUAUGGCUGGGAGUCGCACAUUAAUGUUCGACUGCAGUGCCUAUACACAUGUACAAGUUCUACCGGACGUAAUUCGAUCUAGAAAGCCUUUAAUUAUCCAGCUAACUAUCACGUCCUAUUUGCUGUUCAUGACCCGUGUAUUACUCUUUAAACACCAACAGGUGAAUAAGUUUUACUAUAAUUAAUGUUCUCAGUUUUUUUUACACCUUUCCUAAAAAAGACUAAUAACCAAUUAUGACACCUUUUGAGGUGGGGAAGGCGUGGGGAGGGAAUAGAAAGGGUGAUCAAGCAGAAGCAAAGGUAAGCUUUUUCUAACAUGCAGUAUCAAAGCAACCUUCUGAUAAAUGUGCUAAAACUGUUACUCAGGUGUAUGAGCUUCUGGAAUACAAAUGUCGUGCGAAUGACUAUGAAGGAGGAGUGCGAGUAGGAACGGUUGAAGUCACAGGUAAUCAGAAACAAUUUGGCAUUAAUAUACUUAUGUCGCCAGGAGCAUGUUAGUUCCCCUAAGGUAUUUUUCUCAGUUUCUAUCUCAUUCUAUAAAAUGGACACAAAAUGCAGACAUAAAGUGAUGACGUAUAGUGCGCGAGAUCUGGAAGGGCCACACUCCAUUCACUUUCUCUAAACUUACCAUUAAAUAACAAAAAAUAUAUUCCAUUGGAUUUUCAAGAUUUAAACCCUUUUUUAGGGGUGUAUCUCUGACGGGUGCAUCUCUGCUAGUACACUAUAUUAAAACAGUUUUAUCGGAAAUUCCUGGAAAAAAUUAGUGGGAAAGGUUUUACAUAUUAGCAGUAAAUAAAUUCAUUUUAAUGUUAACAUAUUAAUUACGCCCACAAACACCUAUUCUAAGUUUUUUCAACAUUGGCCGAGGGGCGGAGGAAAGAAAGAAAAAAGGUAAGAAGUACCAACCUUCCAAACACUUUUCACGAUGAUUGCGGUUUGGACAUUUUUCAAAUCAGUCCAAAAGAUUGUGGAAUAGAGUUUUAAAUUAAGAGUCGUUUGUAAACGAUCAGUAGACUGACAUUCAAAUAUACCUCCAGGAAUGCUUACUUCAGCCUUGCAUCCCGUUGUUAAAAUUCUUCAUACGCCAUUUUAUUUUAUCGGCAUAGGACGCAGUUAAGUAAAGUAAAUAUAGCAAAGCUUUCUCUCAUCUUCUACCCACAGACAUAAAUGAAUGCGCUAAGGGAAAUCCAUGCAAAAAUGGUGGAACAUGCGUCAAUACUAUUGGUUCCUACAAAUGUACCUGCCGUAAGGAGUUCUCAGGAAAAAAUUGUGAGACUGGUAAGAUACAUGAAAAGUCAGAAAUCAAGAGAAAUUUACUUAUUUUGUCCGACUUUUUUUACUUUCCCCGACGUCCAGAGAUAUUUCGUUUUGGACUUAAAUUUUACCUCGUAUCCCCAGAUAGCAUAAUCAGUUUCUCUGCCCUUAAGUUAAGUUGGCGAAUCUACUGUUAUGUCAGCCUUGGCGUUCCUACGUAUCUCUUUAUUAAAUUGUAUUACUAGGAAGCUGUUUUCCUAUACCCAUCGUAGUGUACUUUCAGCUGUGUUGAUUGCGUUCAAUAGAUGUUGAUGAGUGUGCUACGAAUCCAUGUAAGAACGGAGGAUCUUGCAAAAAUAGCUUUGGUGGAUACAGUUGCACUUGUGCGAGCGGAUGGCUUGGAAAAAACUGUGACACAGGUAUGUUGUUUUAGCCUGUUUUAACCAACAGUAAUGCGCGAGUCAACCACUAGAUCUUUUGAAAUUGGGAACUUUGAAUGGAGGUAACAAGGGUUACUGAGUCACAAACAAAGAUAAUAAAGCAACGACAUGAAUUAUGUUUUGUUUGAGCUACCAGCAGUGAGUUCCAAAAUUAAGUUGAAUUCCUUGUCACAACACGGACGCGGUAAAAAUUUGUUUUUAUUCAACGAUUUCUGUAUUACAGUCUUUUUUAUUUUUUUCAAUUUGUUUCAAUUAAAAUUAAAACAGAUUAACAGCGAACACGCGUUAAAAAGUCACCUUACAGGACCUGAAACGUUUGCUCAUUUUCUUUAGUCAAAUAUAUUUCUCUGUUUCAACAACUCUUUGCUAUUGUUUGUUUUUCUUCCUUGAAUGCAGAUGUGAACGAGUGUACGAAAAAGCCGUGCAAAAAUGGAGGAAAGUGCACUAAUACAAACGGUGGAUACACAUGCGCAUGUGCCGAAGGCUGGAAAGGAACAAUUUGCGAUCAGGGUAAAGACACUUUUUAAAUCAAAAAGCCAAAAUGAAAAAUAAUAAUGAUAACGCAAUUUGCGCACUUCACAGCCCUUUCGAACUGUGUUGUUUUUAUGGUAGUAUGUUAUUGCAACUAUCGCUGUUUAUUAAACUGUAAUAAUAGGCCAUGUAAGUAAAUAAGUUAUUUGUUGUGCUAUGUUGUUGUUUCUUUACAUUUCAUUCUUUUCAGACAUAAACGAAUGUGCGGACAACACAGCUCUCUGUAACAGCGGUAAAUGUGUCAAUUUGCUGGGAACAUACAAAUGUAACUGUCCUUCUGGAUUUAAAGGAAAAAAUUGUGAAAUUGGUAGGCGUUUAAGAAUCCUUUUGCAUCGCGAGUGUAGUUAGAGGAGGUUUUGCGAGUGUUGCGAUCACCAAUUCACCAAAUGCAAAGGAUUUAAAAUCCAUUAGAAAAUAGCAACACCCUUAGUCUGAUUACCCCAAAACCAAGGACAAGAAAGAGAAGGAAAAAAAUAAUCCAAGUGAUUGGAUGUUUGGUUCGAUCAGAAAUACAUUUCUGUUCUAUCUUAGACUUGAUCCAUGAAGAGAAGCCAAGCCCGUGCGCCGGAUUCUAUCAAUGUGUUAUAUGUUGUUAAAUGUCAUGUCUGUAUAUUUAUGGGUUUUUGCAAAUUUUUCCGAAUACCUGAAUUCUUCAUCUGUGUUAUUCUGUGUGCAGAUAUAGAUGAAUGUCUGAACAUGCCCUGCAAGAAUGGAGCCACGUGUAACAACAAGCCUGGUAGUUACAGUUGCAGCUGUUCCGCAGGGUGGACUGGGAAGGAUUGUGACGAAGGUAAUUGCUAGGUGAAAGUGUUAAAGUAGAAUCAAAGGAGAAUGUCUCUUGGUAGACUGAGAUGAAGACGCUAGUGGAAAAAAAGGCAACGCUUUGUUUUCUUUUGUGGAGUAAGGGUUUCUACAUGUACCUCCUUCAUACAGGAUGAGAAAAAAGUCCAGUGUGACAGCUAUCUUUGCCUUAGGCUCGUUUCAAACAUCAAACUUAACUCAAAUGUACCGAUUCUAAUGAGGAAGAUCUGUAUAGCUAUUUUUCUUGCUUUUUUGUAUCAGUCGGCACAUAUUAAGUUCGACCUUUAAAAUACGCCUUACCUCUAUGGAAUCACUGUACUAGCCGAUGUAGAUGGAAAAAAAAAUGAAAGGGAAAAACGGCUUUAAAAAAUUGUUUAACUGUUGAUCGAGGCUUAAAGUAAGAUUUUAAGAAACAACGUGAUAAAUGUCCAAGGAAGUAUGGUAACUAGCAGAAAAUGAUAUGAUUUAUUUGAUACACAUCUAUCACGGAAAAAUUAUAGUUAUACACGUACUUUAAAGCAGUAAUUAACAUCUUACUGUUUAACAAGCAAUUCAAGCUGCUUUUACACUUAUCACUUGUCAAAUAGGUCGGGAAAGCUGACAUUGAAGCUUACUUUUUCACAUCAAUCUUUUUCUACAGACAUCAAUGAGUGCGACAAAAGCCCAUGCAAAAAUGGAGGUACAUGUACAAAUAAAUAUGGAAAAUACGUCUGCACCUGUCCUUCAGGUUGGACUGGAAAAGACUGUGAAACUGGUAAGUUUUCAGUCAGCUGGUUAGUUACCUUUACAAUUAUCAUGACAAUGACGCACUGUUCCGAAAAAGCCCAAGAGACAUACCAAUUCGGCGGUGUCGUGCUGCGCUAGCCUCAUUUAUUUUUUGACUUAUAACUGACCGUCACUUACCUGCUUGAUUAACUGCUUAAGCUGGCCGUACACCACCAAGGCAACGUCUAUGUUGUGCAGAUACUCCUGAUAGAACUGAAGCAAUAUGGCUGUUGAAGACAGACAAAAAAGCUGGAGAUGUUAAAUUAAAAAUUUCUUUUCUUUCGCUUCUUUUUGAUGGACGUUUCAGGAAAAGACAGAGAUCCAGCUCUAAGUUUGUUACUUACAGCAUGCAGCAUGUGUAUGCCUACAGUCAGAGCCAUUUAUUCGACUAUUUACCGCUAUGACUGAACUUUAUGAUAAUCACUUUAAUCUCCUAGAUGUUGAUGAAUGUCUUACCAGCCCCUGCAAAAAUGGUGCGACUUGUGUUAACAAUGACGGAGGGUACCAAUGUCAGUGUGGUGCGGGUUGGACUGGAGAUCAGUGCGACAAAGGUACGUUAAGCUUCAAGCAAACAUUAUGGCAUAACAUGCUAUACGUUCACGCCGACACGUUUGCAAUGCUUGGUGUUGGAAAGAAAAAAGGAAAUAUGUCCUAACAUAAAUUGCAGCUGUUGUUUCUUCACUCUUCAGGGGUACAUUAUAUACAAUUUUAUUAUCAUUACUUUUGCGGUUACAGAUGUCGAUGAGUGCAAUUCAAGUCCGUGUCAGAACGGGGGCAGUUGCGAAAACACCGAUGGAGCCUACACUUGCAAGUGUGAUGCUGGAUAUGGUGGGAAGCACUGUGAACAAGGUUUGGCCAGGCAUACCUCUUUAAUACACCCCUAAUGGAAAAUGAUGUUAUUAUCAUAAACUCUCAAACUACUCUCUCACUACCAUGGCCAGAGGGAAAUGAAGAAGUCUCCCACUCAGAAAUGUGCUACACAAACAUUUUGACCGCAGUGCUGUUUGGCGGUCAGCCCGGUAGUGUGCAAUCUGAGGCCCACGUGGAUAAAAUGCAGAUAGACAAAAGUUCCAGACUUUCUAGAUUGUAGCUCAUGGACCUCUUCCUAUUUAUUGGUGGACAGAUAGUUUACAGGGGCACCCAACAAGGAUAUAGUUCAAAACCACUUAACAUAGCAUUGUUGAACGUAUUUUAGUAUUCAAACGGUAGAUAUAGGCAUAUUUUUAUCCCCUAAAAACUUUUCAUCUGUUCGGAUUUCCUAGCUGAAAGUCCAGUGAUCCGAAAAUUAUAGGGGUAAAAACUUACCUUCUCGAAAAUUUUAGCCAGGAAAAGGCUCUCGAAAAUUCUAGGUCGCCGUUUUUGGGGUCAAAUUCCGUUAAAAAUGGGUAAUUAUACCAUUUUGUAGAUGUUCGAAAAUCCUAGGAGAGCAGGCAAGCAAGAAAUUUUACAACAAAUUUUCCGAAAAUUCUAGAUCUCAAAUCGUCUUCCGACCAGAUAUUUUCCCGAAAAUUGCCGUUGGGUGCCCCUGAGUUUACCCUCAUUUCGAUGUUGUAAACGUACAACUUAUUUACCUAAAUUUCCAAUAUAGGAUGAUGUUGUAAUAAAGUGAAAAACGUUUAUUUCUUUAGUGCUAGAUCAAUGCAAACAGAACCCGUGCCAAAACGGAGGAACUUGCGAUAACAAAGAUGGAGGAUACUCCUGCAGCUGUUUGCCACAGUGGAGUGGAAAAAACUGUGAUGAAGGUGCGAUGUGAAUUUUGCAAAGUGAUAGUUUAAGAGAAGAGGUUUCCUACAAAGACAGCGAGUUAAUGGAACAGUGUAAUACCGAUAAGACCCCAAAUAACCCCCACGUUGGACUUCAAAAUUUCACACUUUCGGUGAAGGUAUGUUAGGUUUCAGGUUAAGAAAAACAAGGAGGACAGCGAAAUUAAACAGGGACAGCAAUAACAAAGCAAAUGAAAGGAAAGCAAAAAUGAAUUGAAAAAUACCAAGAUGAUAGCAUUUAGAGUUGAAUCAAAAACUCUUUUUGGGAAAGAAGAAACCUUUAAUGUGACGAUAUGAUAUCCCUUUACAGAUGUGAAUGAAUGUGAGCUGUUUCCCUGUCAAAACGGAGGUACAUGCCGUAACACAGGUGGUGGGUACGUGUGUGAGUGCAUGCCGGGAUGGGAAGGAAAGGAUUGUGAGCAUGGUAAGCCUUGUUUAGUAGUCUAAUUUUAUACAUUUAGUAAUAUUAGCCGUCUUAGCAACAAAAUAAGUAAAAUAGAAAUGGAAUAACAAAAAUAACUGUCAGGAUAGAAAAUUGUUGUAAGAGUUAUCUCACAUAAACUAUUUCAGACAUUGACGAAUGCGCGAGUCAUUACUGUCAAAACGGCGCUACAUGUGUGAAUGACAUGGCUGGCUACAGAUGUAUCUGUCCUGCUGGAUUUGAAGGCUUCUACUGCUCAGAGGGUAAGCUUGAAAUUUUCUCCAUUUUGUCAUUGUCCCGUCAGUACACAUAAAGUAGGCCUGUGGGCCGGUUAACCAACAUUGUUCUUUGAAAUAAUAGUAAAAUGGCCAUAUGUGUUUGUGUCAAUAAUGGCGGUAUAAGCAAAAGGCGAACACGAGCCAUGAGGCCCAGAAGGCCUUCGUUUACUAAUAAUUUCUAAACAUGAAGCAACUUGGAACAUUAGCACCAACACCCCACACCACACACCCCACAUCCGACCCCCCUCCUUCCCGCGCCCCUGCAUGGGAUGCUAGUCUAUUCGCUUAGCUAGAUACCCGUUUGUACGCCUGGGCGAAGAGAGAAAAAGCGCAAUGUUCACUAAGGCAAGGCUUGAAACCGAAUUAUCACGUCGGUGUUAACCGCUCCGCCAAAACGCCUCUACUAUCAAUAAUGGUAGUGUAUUUCAACAUCAACCUUUACCAGAGUCAUUCCACGUUUCAAGACUAAAAGGCUUAAGUUAUUUUGCUACAUCAUUCACUUUCAAUCUAUGUGAGUUCGACUCGCAUUCCAAUCAUUGCUUUGUGCUGCCAUUAAUCUUUUGUAUUUUAUUGGACUAUCUUAUAAUAUAAAAUAGACAUCGAUGAGUGCCAAAACAAUCCAUGUAAGAAUCAGGGGACAUGCUACAAUGAGUCAGGCUCAUACAGAUGCGAAUGUCCAUCAGGAACGACAGGUCAACAUUGCGACAUAGGUAAUAACUUAUCGUUCAAUUAACAUAUACGUUAUAACCAUUCAAAUUGUUUUUAUAAAAAAGUUUCAAUCGGUCAAGAGAUCAUAACGCCACCUACAAUAACUUCCUAGAGGCAAUGUCUGCUCAGACGCAUUUAAAAGGAGUUGUUCUUGUUGUGGAAGAGAAUUCUCCGCUUUUGCACAGUUUUCCAUUUCCUUAGAGAAUAGAGAAGUACCAGGUUUUUUCCAAGGGCCGGAAUUGCAACAACAUAAAGCUUAAAAAGAUAAAUUUAAUAAACUACUAUUGAAAAGAAAACAACUAGUUUUUGACACGCCUCAGAUAACCCAGAUACCUACAAGAUGCAAAAGUGAACCUUAUACUACAAACAUAAUGCCUACUUUGUCCACUUUCAAUGACAAGUACUUCUCACAUCAGAGACACCUUUGCACAAAAUGACCACGCAACCCUAAACCUUACGAUAAAAAAGUUAAAGCCACUAGUUCUGACGAUGACCACUAAGGCCCGGUUCAAACGCCGAACUUUCAUGAGCAGAACCUAGUUCGAAUUAAGGCCGACCCAAAUUAUUUAGACCGGCUGAAUCGAUUCAGACGCCGAUCAUAAUUGCAGCUGAACUGGGUUCAAAAGGAGAAAUAUGUUGAUCUCGGUCAAACUGCUUGAAAAAGGCGUUCCUAAUUGAUUCAGACGCCGAACUCGUCAAGUACUUAAUUCAAUGUAUUAGGUUCGGCGCAUGAAAAGUUCGGCGUCUGAACCGGGCCUAAGGAAACGGUAAGGACAAAGACAGACCGGUAGACAGAGAGCGAAACAUAGAAGAAGAUACUGAAAUGCUGCGACUGCCGGUAUACUUACACUCACUUCAUUGUGAAGCUUGUGGGAAAUGAGACAUCCUUGCUUAUUUACUUGAAAAUUUUUUGCAUCUUUUCCCAGGGAUUUACUAGUGUACAAUAUUUCGAUUUAUUAUUAAUUAGAACAAAAGUAGUUUUCUUAAAAAAGAUGUUGGAGUUUAUUUUGGCAAAUAAAUAAAUUAAAAGUUUAUGUUUAUUUGGUUUUCAGUCCAGUCCAUGCCGACGCCUGCUAUAAGUAAGUAAAGUACUUAAACUGAUUAAUAACUGAACCAAUAUGAACUGCUUUUGAUUCAGCUACUUACAUUCAUUUUUUUAUUAAAGAGAAGUAAGUUAUGAGCACUUGUUAUUUGAUUCUGCAUUAAACAAUGUUUCACGCCUAAUUUCCUUAAUCAAUUUCCAUUUUAGGAGGUGAUUACGAACCUGUUGGCUGUUUCCAUGACAGCGCUGUUGAGCCCAGGCCCUUGCCAAAGCUUUUGGGAAACUUCCGUUCGGAACUUGACUGGAAAAAUGUGAAAAGUGUAGUUGACAAGUGUGCUGAGUUGGCAAAGGAGAAAGGGUGACUACCUGUAUAGAGAAGGAAAGGGUGACGUCACAAAAAUUCAAAUUAAUGAAAUUAUGGAAUUGGUUAGCAUACUAUGUUCUGAUGGCUCCAUAAAAAUCCUUGGCUUGGAUCGUAAAGUUUAAGAUCCUCCCAGGGGCCCCUUUCUCGAAAGGCCCUGUAACUUUUCUGGCCCAAAGGCAAAUUUUAAAAUCAAAACCUGCAGAAUAGUAGCACGGUUCCUAGCACACAAAACAGUCAAUUUUGCUUCGUUAACUGAUAGUUACACUACAUCAUUAUUUUCAAAAUUAUUGAAACUUUGAUCUUGUAUGCAAACAUGGUGAGUAUAAAAUAGCUUUCCGAGCCCGAAAAGUUACCGGGAAAAACGGUCCCCAGGCCUAUUUUGGAAGAAUUUAUGUGGAGUCAUCAGAGAAAUUUGCAUCAACAGUCUUACUUUUAGCAAGUGGAACUUUUUCAUCUAAUUCUUUCUAAAUAUGGCAACCUAUUCGAUAAUUUCAUAAAUGUUGUUUUUGUGACAUCAUCACUUCUCUCUUUAUUUAACCACUAACAUUCAGUUGUAAAGAAUGAUUAAGAGCUCUUUUGCGCAAUUCUCGUAAAUUUAAGGACUUCCCCUCCCCUCUUCUCACCACCUAAAAAACGUAACUUGCAUUUAAUUGAUCUAACUGAAAUAAGCUCUUAGAUGUCAUACAGAACACAUAAAACCACCCUCCUGUUUUAUUGGUAGUGGUACAGUUGUAUAUUAAAUAUAGUCCACACGAACUUCAACCGUUGGUCCAACUUUUUACUUUUUAUUAUUAUCAUUAUUUUUUCAGGUAUAAGUUCUUCGCCAUCCAAUACUAUGGCGAAUGCUGGUCGGGUCCAAACGCCGGAAGUACAUACGCUAGGGAUGGCAAGGCGAAGAAUUGCUUCAAGGGAGUAGUAGGGGUUUCUCAUUCCAACUUUGUCUAUCAGUUUGUGAACUGAGUUCGCAAAAUUUAAGGUAAUUAAUGUCCAAAACUAAAACUGCUGUUAAACGCUUUUUGAACCUCCAUAUAGCUAUAGAAUCUUAUAAGUAGUCAUCUGGGCCUUAACAGUAGGGAGAGGGGAGAUGGUUUAACUAUAGUAAAGUUACAACACGGGUCAAAACAUCACAACCAUCUUGCAUGAAAGUACCGCUCAGUGACGCAAGGCCAAAUUGAAGAAUAUAAUAAACCGUAUGCUUUAUCUAUGGCGAUCUAGGAUUUCAAAAUUAGACUCAAACUUUUUAAGCUCGAAAUGAAAUUGUUUGGGCCAGUUACACGAUUCUUAAAGUCAACCGCAAACUCUAAUAACUGACAUUAACCACCGCCAAACUCUGGGUUAUUUUACGCAAGACGCUAAGUAAUUACGCCAUCUGACGUUAGGUUCUGUGCUUUGCUGUUCUGCCACUGCUCUGCUCAGUCCCCACGAUACACUGGAAUCAAAAAAAUCCUCAAACAGAAAGUUGAAGCAAACAUGAAUACUAUUCUUAUUCUUGUUUUCUUUGAUUGUUUGCAGAAUCGACUGUCAAAAGUAAAUGGUGUGUCAUUAACACGAAUACAUCUUCAGAGUGGAAAGUGUUUGCUUUUUUAAGCUGACCACUCCGCUAAGUUACGGAGACUGCAAUAAAUGUUAUCAGUUUACGUGUCCUCUGUUGUCUCUCUUGGAAUAAAGCCACCAGCGCUCAUGAUCACAGACAUAAAAAAGAUUUUUUUUUUACAUCAAGAAACUUUUAAACCCGAAAGCAAAAAAAAUGCUGAUCAUAUCGCAAGGCGGUGGUCUCAGAACUCCUUCCCUUAUAGCAAUUUAUUAGCCGCACGGUGUUUUGUCGCACAGUGGAACUUCUCGUUUGGGACACCUCUAUUCAAGGGACACCCCCAUUUAGGGAACACAAAAUUUGGCCCCGGAAAAAUGUUUACAUAAUCUUUGUAUUUGUUACCUCCAUUGAAGGGACACCUCUAUUCAGGGGAAAGGGACACUUUUUCUGGGUUCCGAAAACUGGGUUUAACCUCCAUUCAGGGGACACCUCAGCAAUCAAAAAGUGACUUACCACAAAAAUUGUGGAUAAGUUGAAGUGUUUGACAGCUUUCAAAACACGAUUAUCUUACUUGUAUCGAUCUUCUGCACUUGUGGGAAUUCAACACUUAACAUCGCAGAGAUAAGUUAAUCAUGAUUUUUAUCUAUCAUCUAGCCGCUUGAAAUAAGGGCUGCAGCAGUUUCGAUCCUUAGCCUGCGAGGACAUACGCCUUUUUUGGGUUCUAAUAAAAAUAUUUUAGUUGUUGGUUAAUUAUUAACAAACCCCAGGCCAACCGCCGUCCAGGGACACUUGCCUUGGUCCCGAAGGUGUCCCCUGAAUAGAGGUUCCACUGUAUUCGCAAUAGCAAAAUAUAGACGGGCCAACCAUUAUUCGAUUUUUCUCUUUCCGUUUCUGACAGCCAUACUGCUGAGUCAUUUCGUUUCAGCUCCACUUUAAACAGUUGCAAAAAAACUAUCAACCAUAAUGAUGCCACUUUUUGAAGCUAACAUUUUCAAGACAUUAUCAGAAACUUGUGUUCGUGAGCUUUCUUCUUCAUUCAUUCUCCCAAGGGCAACUGCGACACAAGGCUAAGUUUUCGUGCUUUUCUUACUGAAGCCAACCUUUCUGCGAAAUCUUUUUGCUCCUAUGUCUCUACAUUUAUCACAGCCAUAAGAUUAUGAUUCAUAUUUGUUCAGUUUUCCAGAUAGAAAGGAUAGGAAGCCACUCUUAAAAGAGUUACCUGUAUUCAACCCUCAGGGGGGUAAUCCCGAUUUCAAGGAACGGAGAAGGACGAAGGAUUUUUUAGGGUUUGAAAUUUUCGAUUCCGGGAUUUUUGGUGUAGGAAAAUUUGGUUAGUAUUUUUGGGGAGGGUGGCUUGAUUUAAGUAGGGAUUUUGGGGGGUAUUCAAAACAAACUGAAGAUUCGUGGAAGUGUCCGUAUUCCAGCCGCUAGCUAAAGUUUAUAAGAUGCCCUCUUUUGUUCGUUUAAUUACACACCAGUGGGAAGGAGUAGGCAAGAGACGUGGUCUGAGAUCGAGAAACGUGUAAAGCUGUCACCUUACGUGGUCAGCAGUUAAUUGCAGUAAACAGUUGACUCCCGAUAACUCGAACCCUCGCUAACUCGAACCUCGCGCUAACUCGAACCAAAUCGAUUUCCCCUGGGUUUCCGUUAUACAUUUACUGUAAUUUUACCCUCGAUAACUCGAACUCCCGCUAACUCGAGCCAAUUUUCGUUUUCCCUCAGGUCAUUUUCUGUAUAAUUUUACCCUCGAUAACUCGAACCAUGUUUUGAGCGCUUAAAAAGUCGGGAAAAACAGUGUACUGGCGUCCGAAACAUUGGAUUUUGAAAUCCCAUUGACGUGUUGCAGAUAUAGUUCACUAGUGGAGGCUGAUGUUGUUUCUCACAAAUCUAACGUGAAACAGCUUUACUUCCCAAAACAGUAAAACACAGGCUCUAUUUAGACUAUGUUUUGUUACGUUAUACGUUGUGAUUUAUCAUCUGAAAGUAUCUUUCAAUUUUCACUUAACAUUUCUGCAAUAAAAUGUGAUUAAAAUUGCCAAUGUACGGUAAAAACUGUUUUUCACCUUACUUCCGGCUAUUUUCUUCGAACUCCCGAUAACUUGAACUUUUUUUCGAUUUCCCUCGAAGGUUCGAGUUAUCGGGAGUCGACUGUAUUUCCCAAAGGAACAGUUUUUGCCCGUGUCCUUACUCGGAAUUUUGUAAAAUUGAUUAAGAAAAUAUCACAGUUUGCAAUAUUUCAAAAUAUAUAAAAAUUGUCUUGCUAAACCAACUACUAUUUUUCACAUUUUUUAACAAAAAAAAAGUUCACAUAAAAUCGUCUGUUUCGUCGUUUUCAGAAUUUGCCAGAAAUUGACAGACAUUGACUUCUCCGAAAAUUUUCUUUAAAGUUUGAAAGACUGUUCACCUUAGUAUUUUCUCACUCCAACUUACAAAUUCUCAUCAAAGGCACAUGAUGAAAAUAACCGCUCCUUUUUUAACUACAGAGCGAGGACAAAACAAGAGAACACCUCGCUUUGCAAAUCACAUUGCUUUGACUCUUAUGAAAUCACAGAUUUUAAGGUAAUACAAGUUUUUCGAUAAACUCGAGGGAAAUUUUUUGUUUGUUUGUUUGUUUGUUUUGAUUUUUGCUUGCUCUCUUUCGUCUUCUCCUUUUUCUUCUACUGCGGUAAUAAGUUAAUAAGUUUUAAUCUUGGUUUGGACUCGUGAAGUAAAACGCUUCCCAUUAUUCUUCUAAGAAAAGGUGAGAUCUUUCGAGGAAAAAUCUAUAUGACGUUCAUGUGCUUAAUUAAAUGUAAAUCUGUGCAAAAUAGGAGCGAAUUUGAUUUCUUGAGCUUCGCCGCGAAACACUGACUUGAACGCACUACCUGACAAUUUGCGUAGUUUGGCUGUGGGGUUUGGGGGGUUAUUUGCGGGGUUCGUGACUUAAACUUUUAGAGUUUUUGGAUUUUUAUGACUUUUAUUUUUCAAUCAUAAUAUUUUUAUUUCAUAGCUAAUUUAUAACCUUAGUUAGUACUUUCGAUUUUUCCUUUUUUUACUGUAUUUCAUUUUAUUAUUAUUAUUAUUAUUAUUAUUAUUAUCAUUAUUAUUAUUACCAUUUGCCUUUUAUUUGUCUUAAUUCUACCCGUAUGACAUGUAAACUAGCCGUAUUUCCAAGCGUAUUUACCUCGUGAAAUAAAGUGUCCUUAAGCUAACAACUACAAAUAAAUACAACCAAGGGUAAAUGAAAUUUAAAAAAAUAUGGGUUAAUUUAAAAAAAAAUCAAAUACUUAAAAGUACAGAUUUUCAGUACAUUUAAUAGCGUCUUUGUACAAUAUUUAUAACUAGUUAAACGGGUGAAUAUCCCAAGCCGGUUAUAGAAUGAAGAAAGUUUUUGUCUUUUUCCAACAGUAUUUAAUAUCAAGAAUAUUUUCAUUGUGAGAAAUUUCCAACUCAACCAGCAGCACGUAACACUUUUGACAAAGCACAGUUUACGCAGCUUUUUGCACCUUAAUCAACGUUUGUACAGGUCCACCACGCUUUAUUGCUCAAUAUUCAAAGUUUUGUAAUUGUCUAAUUGUUUAAACCUUUGUUAAUUACAAAAUCGUACCAACAAUACCUUUCUUCGGAAGAAAAGGGUAAGCUGGGCUGUUACAGCUCAUUUAAAUUUCACUUACUAUUGGGGCACUACAUUAAUGUCUUUUCAUUGGUAAAAGUGGCACAAGGAGGCGACUAGUUCCCCGUAACGAACAAUGUACGAUCACUUGGCUGACCAUUUUUUUCCUGAAGUAGCUGUAAAAGUACACGUAUAAUAUGUGCACUUUGUUUCAUAUGGUCAUUUAAAAAACUUCUGAUAUCGAAAACGAGAAGUAGAGUUGGCUCUCUCCAUGAUAAUGUUCCAGUUGGUAAGCAACCUUAGAAAAAAAGCUUGUUUGGUUGGUUUUAAUUCCCGACAUUGUAAUUUAAUAUGGAUUCCUAGUUUGGACUAUUAUAUUUUCAUACAGUAAACAUUUUGGGAAAAUAGCGAUUUAUUUUAUUUUAUAUCAUUAUUAUCCAAAUUAUUAUAUUAUUUAUAACAUCGAUAGAGUACCUUUAUUGUAAUUAAAAAUAAUUGAACUUUAUACACAAAUUAAAUCUAUGCUUUAAAUGGUUUCAUUUAUAGGAUAAGAAUACUAUGUUUCUCUUUGCCCUUACUGCGGUUUGGAUAUUCUCUGUAGCUUCAGAGGAAAUUCGCUCAGGUAUGUAUGAACCGCUGGGCCUCAGUGUUACAAAUGAGUACAGAAGAACAGGUUUCUAUUAUACCGAGAAUAAUUAUAAUGAAGACAAUUAACAAAAACCUCGAAUUAACAAGAAUUAGAGAUGACUGAUCGAGGAGAGAGCCUCUAAUAAAAGAUAUUUAAGGACGGUUUUUUAUCUGCUAAAUGAAGAUGAACUCUUGCUAGUUAUGGUAAAGUGGGGAACAUUGUCGCAAGAAAAAUACAAAUUACUGUUUAUUGAAGCGGCCAGGGUAUUGAGAAGGGAAGAGGGACAAAGGUAUUAUACGAUAAAAGAAAUCAGUUAUUGAAAAAAGAGCUAGCAUUCACUUCAGGAGUGUUAUUAUUUUAUGUUUACUCGUCGCGAGUCAUGGAACAUUACUUGUAUCAAGAAACUAGUUUACUGACGAAUAAAAGUUUAUCUUAGGUGAAUAUCUUACGCUGCAAAAGAAAACCUUCUAUGAAGCACCUGGGACAAGAGUAGCUUUGCACGGUAAGUAACAAUGGUUAUGUUGGACCGAAAACGUAACUUAGUAAGGCCCGGUUUAAAUGAGGUUAUACAGGUUACGCGUCAACGGCUGAGCUACCCUGGGAACAACAAUUUUUCCAACAUUUUCUUACAAAACUUGGCAAACCAUUUACAUGAGUAACAAAACGUGGGAUCGACUAAAACGGUAAUCUCAAAGACGGGUCACCGGCCCUCCUGGCCGGGUCAACUUUUUUUCCGUAAAAAAACUUUGCCUCGCUCAGUCGGGUGAACUCGGUCAAGGAAACAAUCAGAGCAUGCACUAGCGCUGGUGUCAGCUCUUGGGCCUGAAGAUGAAAAAAGUAAAAACAUCUAACCAACAAUACUUUUCCCUUGAAAGGUUAUUUUAAAUUCUGCAACCCCAAAAGCUGUGCUUCCUGUUUUCGGGUGAUGUACGUGAAAAUCGGUAAUCAUAUCACCUGUUUGGGUAGAAGAUAUCUACGCUACAUUGAGAACUGUAAAGAGUACAGUUUCACUGCUGAUGCCAUCGUUCCCAAGAAUGACGGAAAAUAUAAAAUCAUGGUAAGUUAUCAGGCACUAUAGCAGGAGGGUCCCCAAAAGGGCUCAUCCAUCCAGUCAUCCCGACCCAACUUUUCGCUCAAUUCCGUAAUCCCAUUUGUUUUUCCGCAUCCCGCUUCCCGUGCAUACUUUCAAUCACGAAUUCCGCCACCAUUUUGCCUUCAAAUAAGGCAGAUCCCUAUACCCCAAAAAACAUAAGGGGGACCCUCUAACUCAAAUUUUUCUCGUAAAUAUUAAAUUUUCAAUUUAAUUUCAUUCACACAUUGUUUUAUUUACCUAUUUUGAAAUAUAUGUACUCACUGUCUUGUAAUGUCCGUGUAUCUGUUUCUUUAUUGCUAUGUUUGAACCCUCUUAUUGUAUUUUUUUUUUCUUUUCGGUCUGGCCUCGAUUAGUUAGGCUAUUUUGCGGGCAAGGAUCAAUGGUUAUAUGUAUCCUAAGUGUUUAAUAAACUUGAACUUUUCUUAACCAAAAUAUAAUACACACGGCAACAAAAAUUGCUGUAAAAGAAUCUUUAAGAAUCUUUGCUUGAGUGUAGUUUCUUGAAGGAAAUAAUCCAGUCAACUUGUAAACAAUAAAUCAAAAGAGAAUAAAAAUGCCUUAGUUCUGACCUAUAUUGAUCAAAGUCUCUAAAUAUUCUUACUUGAUGGACGUCUUAUAAAACCCUGAAGUAUUGGCAACCUGUGUUAUGAUUCUCUUGUCUUAGCAAUAUUUUUUUGCUUAUAGGUGCAGGUUACGGGGUGGGGUUUUAAUAAGGCAUUGGACUUAUGCAGUCAGCAGUUAAUUCUUUCACCUCAUCACGGUCAUUGGCAAAAGAAGAAUUCCUAAAUUAAUAAUGCAAUUUGCUUCAGUGGCCAGCUUUAAACUUGGUGUCUAUUAAGGGGAAGAUAGAAGGCUAAUUUAUGAUUUAUUAGCCAUGAGACACUGUAAAAAGUUAACAUGUUCUUUUUUUAAUAUAUUACUGCUGGAAAAAAUUCUUUUUCCCUUGUUUGUCUAUAAAAAAAUAUAGCCGUGUUUUUAACUUCAAAAAGUAAAUUUAUAAUCUGAUACGAAAAUUUUGUCCUCCUAACUUAAUAUUUGGAUUAACUGUUACUUUUUAUAUGUGUUUCCUUUUAAGUGGUACAGUCCAUUUCAAUAUGUGUGCGGCACCAUACCAAAAGGCGAAAGGGGAGUUAAAGUCGGAACAAUACACGUCGGAAGUAGGUGACAUUAACUAACAUUAACAUUUUCUCUUCCUCUGAUAAAAACAGUAAUAAUAAUAAUAAUAAUAAUAAUAAUAAUAAUAUAAUUAUUAUUUUUUUAUUAUUAAUAAGUAAAAUCUUUAUUACAAAACCUCAAUUAAAAUCCUAUUUAAAAUCAACCUGCUGUUACAAAAAAUCUAAUUAAUUCAUCAAAACACUAUCUACAAUUCCAUCGGUUACAAAAGAAACCCCAGUCUAAUGAUUGCUCUAUCUUGCUACGAAACGACGUUCGCGAACCUCUGACGCAUGCAUGUCCCGAUGUUAAGAGUUCAAACGAGAUCUGUGUCCUGAGCCAAGUGAUUACAACAUGAUAAGGCUCGGUGUCUUUCUGAGCUAUCUUGUCUGCGAGAUGCUUUAAGAACCGCUGACAUUCGUUUCCCACUCCGCCAUUGGUACCAAACACUAAAGGCGUAAACGAACCCAUUUCCACAUCUAACACCCGCUGCUGGUACUUGCGCUUCUUCUCUUCUUCUUGCUCUUUGAACACUUCCGAUGUUAGCUUGCUCUGGUAACACUUGGAGUUGACGUGCGUAACUCUAACAUCAAAAAAUGCCGUAACUCCUCUUGCCCAGAAACCUCCCGCUUUGAUGUCCAACCUUGCCUCAGAACUUGUAACAGCACUCCUCAAAUGAAAUCGCUCGUUGUCCAGGGGUUGAAGGCGUGGUUAAAUUUCGACAUUAUUGCAGAUCUUGUCGAUGAAUUUCGUUAACAAGUUCCGUACACCGUCAUGUCUCUGCGCUACAAGCCCCCCUUUUUACAAGAGAGGGCGUGACUAACGGUGAAUUUAUCCCCACAUAUGCAAUGACUUGGUAAAUCGACUAAGGGCAAGUCAUAACGCAAGCGAGGAGAAAGAUCUACGGAGGAGCUAAAGAGGCAUCAACAAUCACUUAAGAGAGCAACUGCCAAAGAGAAAAUGGAUAGCAUUGAUUCAAGCCUCUCCCCAGGCCUGCUGCGUCUGGUUAAUCAAUCGAGGGACAAGGGCGCAAGUUCUUGGCUGAAUGCGAUGCCUCUCGCAGACAAAGGUUUAGCCCUCAACAAGCAAGAGUUCAGAGACUCGCUAUGGCACCAUGAUGGAACUCUGUGAAGUAAUAGAAUCUACGUGCGCGGUGGUUAUUAGUGUCGAGGCAGCAAACUGCUGCGGUGCCUCGGAUUUCAGAUCAGGAAUGCCUAGACCCCCUUGACCCGUUGCUAAGGUAGCAAGUCUGCGCACCUCGUUAGGGAGAGGCUCUGAUUGACCGAACAAAGUUGGGAGUAGUAAAUCUUCAAUCACUUCCUGGAUUGGAUCGACAUAAACUUCAAACGAUUCAAUCGUGCGCAUGAAGUAGGUGAACUUCGACUUGUAGCCUUUUGUGAAAGCAAUAUACGCCGCAUGGGGCUGGCUCUUCGCUAUUUCAGAGAGACGUUCGAUUUCCUCUUUCCAUGAACGAACCUUCUCCUCACAAUACUGAUCUUUGUAUUCUUGCGACGCAAUAACUGCUCCCAGAUGGCCCUGACCUUCAGUUGUUAUGUUGAUUUCCUCUCCAAACACCCUCUUUGCUUCCUCCGCGAGUUCCCUAGACUUUACAAUAAGCCAGCUCUUUGUCCCAUUCACAAGGUAACCAAACUUUUGACCUUCCUUACUCAAUUGCUCUGAUUGAAAUGUUAUUCGAAUAAUUUUUUAAUCGAAACUAAGUGAUUUUUAAUCGAAAGGAAUUGUAAAUAGUGCUUUGGAUGAAUAGUAUUUUUAAAGCGAAAUUAAUUGUAAAUAGGAUUUUAUAGUUAGCUUUGUAAUUACUGUUGCAAUUAUUAUUAUAAUAAUAAUUAUUAUUACUAUCAUUGCUGAACACCAUUUACAGACGAAACAUCAAAUUGACUUCAACUGGAACAUGUGUUACGUGUUCUACAGACUGCUAUCGACGACUCGCUUUAGAAAGCUGGUUUACUAACUUAGAACAAACGCCAAUGAAUCGUAGUCAAAAGUUAGCGGCGCCGGACAAACGGCCUACUAUUGCCGGACUCAAGAAAAACUAAUUACGAGAGAAUGACUGGAAAACUGAAAAUUUGACUAACGAUAAAGGACUGUUUAACUGUGACAAUCGGUGGAUCGAAACGCACCAAUGACAUUACGAGCCCUCAUAGCGAAUAACAUCAACGCUUAACACAACAAGAAAUAACACCACGACUUAAUAAUUGAUCAAUCAGGUCAAUAACCAGAGUUCAAUAUGUGAAUCAUUAACUGACGUCACAACUCACUUUGAACUAUUCUUAGCGGAAUACGUUGGUGAGUUAUCAGGUUCCAGAUUGAAGUGUACCUUUAAGACAAGACUUAUUUAUUUAUUUUGUUUUAUUUACUUAUUAUCUUUAUAUGCUGAUUUGAGCUCGGAGAUUCUUGGCUAGCUAUUACUAGCUACUCUACCUUCGAGUUCAAAUAAACGUUUACGUAUGUAUAGGUUUGUACUUGUUGCCACCCAAAACUAUCAAUAUUUAAGUUUAUGUUUGUAUUCACUCCUUACCUGAUUACUCAAUAAUUCAGAUCCUUUACUCUGGAUUGUGGGGAAGAACAGUUUCACAGCGGCUCCAGGAGAUAUAAUUUGGGUGAACGGUAGGUCAAAUAUAACCAUAAGGAAAUAUUAAAUGACACUUGACAGGAUUUCAAAAAAAAAGAUAUAAAGUAAUUUACAGAUUUAACGUAUCUGCCUGGAUCUUUGAAGCCCGUCAGACGCCUUAUUCUAUAUUUUUCCACUAUGUGGAAUUAACGGUGUACAAAGUCCAAUAUUCCUAUCAUUUUGAUCUUGCCCGGUCAAUAAAAAUUUCGCCUUAAUUUAUUCCAUCACAAUUUUUGAACAACAAAUUUAAUAUAUAAACCUGGAUCUCUGAAGCUCGUUAGACUCCUUGUUAUAUGUUUUUGCAUUUUUUUGGGUAGAACUAAAAGUGUACAAAGUCCAAUAUUCCGCUACUAGUGAUAUUACUGACCAAAAAAAAGGUCGCCUUAAUUUAUUCCGUCGCAAUUUUUCAACAAAAACGCAAAGGGUUGUUCACCGUCAAAGGAGCUUAUAACAAAAACGACAACACUGACGUGUUUAUAUCACUGAUGUUUGUUGUCUUUCAUAACCAGUGCUGCAUGUGUGUGAUCCCUUUUUUGUAAUUGCUCAGGAUGUUACAGAUACUGCAAGACCGAGAAACUCUUUUGUCCAACCUGCGUACGACAAGUAUACUUUAGCGCUGGCGCUGGCGUAAGCGAGUGUGCCGCUAGCUAUAUUGCAGACCAGGACUUUGUUUGUGAGGAAAAAUGUGUAAAGAGAUCGUUGAAGGUCCCAGAAAAGCCUGGGAAGUAUAGUAUCAGGGUAAGUUCAUAAUAAUGAGUAUACACAAAUACUUACAGUUAAAACAGGAAGCUCAAACGCCUUUCAGCUUAUUUGAUAACAAAAGUCUUAUUGAAAUUACUAUAAGAAACAAACUUAAUUGGAUUGCAAUGGUCAGGGGCGUAGCAGGCCCAUAAACCUGUAGGCCCCGGCCUACAAAUUUUUGGUUUGAUCACUCUACCGCUUGUAAUAAAUUAUGCGUUAUUGGGGUGAGUUAAAAAGGUUAAGAGCUCAAAGUGUUGGUGAAGUGAGUGCGUAUUAGCCAUGCGUGCCAUUUUCAGGAGUCAAGUCAGCCGGGCCUACAAGUAGUCGAAAAUCUUGCUACGCCCCUGAUGAUGGAUAAAGUUCUGGACAGAAGUUGA